CAACCCAAGCUCCGAUGCCAAAAACGGUGGUAGAUUUCUGGAAAAUGAUCUGGUAGGAAGAAGUUCUGAUGGUUUGCAUGCUGAUGAAGAUCACCGAGGGUGGACAGAAAAUAUGCAAGCAGUAUUGGCCAGAAAUUGGAAACACAGUGGAACACGGUCAGAUAACAAUUUUGAACGUAAAACAGCGCGUCUACGCCGAUUACACUCACAGAAUUUUCCAGGUGACAAAGUGCUACGAAACAUACUCGCGACAAGUAUGUUUUAAUCAUCUAAUCCGAUAUCUCCGGCAUCAGCAUUUCUUGGCAUUCCACUGUCUCUCUGCCGUAGAUUCACCACCUUCACGGGACGGCCGAAACAAGAAGUGCCGAUGUACUGGCGUUCCGUCGUCGAAUAUUUCAAUGAGCUGAGGGGUCAUUCCUCGGGACCGGGACCCAUACUCGUUCACUGUGCUACGGGCACGGGCCGAACCGGAACCUUUAUUCUUUGCGACAUCGGUCUCCAUUCCACCGCCGCUGAAGGGAGGCCGACAAGAUGUACACUGCUCGGUCAAAUAUGUUGGAGAAUUUGCAGCAAUACAUAUUGGCGCACUUACUGCCCAUGCAAUGCUUGCUUACGUUGCCCGCGAAACUGAGUUGCAGUGACGUCUCCAGGGCGGAAAUUGAAAAAAUGAAGAUAGACUUGAGGACCCAUAUGCGGAGGCUCGGAAUCUCUGUUUGGAAGGAAAAAGCUCUACAACCUUCGUACGAACCGCUGAAGUUACCGAAUCCAGAUCGCUUGCAGAAAAACAGAUUUCCGAAAUUCAUACCAGUCGAACAUAGUUUGGUCAGCCUCAAGCGGUAUCCACCUGAUGCAACCGACAGCGAUUACAUCAGCGAGGUGAGCAUCGAUGGGGUCAAGGUUAAAGGACAGUAGCUGGCCUCCCAAUUGCCUCUACGGUCGACCCUUUCCGAUUUCUGGCGACUGGUUGCCGAGAAACGAACUGAACUCAUCGUAAUCCUGCAAAGACCCAGACCGGAAAGUCUCAUUUGCAGGAUUGCGUCGACAUCAUUCCCCGGAAGAUGAGUACGCUCAGACCUGUGCCUCACAUUGAGGUGAAAACGAAAACAUUAGAUCACUCUAACGAACAUUUCACAACGGAUAAACUCCAGCUGACCGACACGUCCGAGGAAGACCCAAGAACGCAAAAUAUCACUGUACUGACCUGCAAGGGCUGGAACCUCUCUGAAGACGAAGAUCCUCCACAGCCUAAGGUCCUGGUCAAACUAUACAUGGCCUUGGAAAGGGUUCAACGGGUAGAAAGUCCUACCCUCGUUCUCUGUUAUGACGGCGUUACAGAGUGCGGGCUGUACUUGGCUCUGAGCAUCCUACUGGAACGUAUGUCCGUUGAGCAGGAGUGUGACGUAAUUUCGGCGGUCCGUGCGAUUCGCCAAUCCAGACGAGAAUUCGUUUACUCUAAGGCUCAGUUCGAGUACUUGUACGAUGCGGCACUAGAGUUUGUUCAAGACUUUGGAAAUUACUCCAACAUGGCGUUACGUCCGGUAGUGUCCCGGACAGCUACUUUCAUCUCUUAACCAUGUGAUCUCAUACUUCUCGCCCUGUCUCUCCAUCUCUCACGUCCUGUCGAACUCGCCCGUAGGCACCUGAAAUGCAUCUACUCGCUUACUUGCGAUUCCUCACUUUACUCAGGCCUUCGCCAAACCUCCCCCGUUUUCAUACUUCAUUCGCUCUUCAACCAAAUUUCUUUAGAUGGGCUAUGAGACCUUGUUAUAAUCUAUUCCGCACUCAUAAAUAAAUCAGAUAUUCCAUACACCAUCAAUCCACCAAUAUCCCAUUAAUAUUUUCCUGUGAAACAUCUCUUCCGCAACACAUAUCAACCGAAACAUCAUAAAAACCUAGAGGUAAGAUCACUUUACGCUGGAAAAGAGCCUUCAACAAAAUCAAUAAUCCCCAACGGAUGUAUGUACCUAACAAUGACCUUAUUUGCACCAGAAGAUGCUUAGAGGUAGUAUAAAUUACGCUCUACUGUGUCAGAUUAAUGUCUAA